GCUUCGCGAGCAGCAAGCAGGCAGGCUUUCCUUCUCGGGCGAGGCACCGCCAGGAUCCCAACCUAACAUUAUUCCUCGCUUCCAUCCACAUCCUCUCCACUCUCACAUCUUGACGUGCGCAGACGCUUGCGUGCUGUGCAACUGAGCAAGGUCAUCUCGAUCGCCGCUUCGGGUCGCAUUGAAGCGGUCCGAACUCAGCCUACGGAGUGUCUGCGCGGUUGCCUAGCUGUCUGUAGAUGUUACCGAGCAGCAUGCUGGCAACAAGCACACACACCGCCAACACCACCACCACCACCAUGGCGUCGUCAUCUCGACAUAAUCUUUCGCCGACCGCGUCCUCAUCCAAGCUCACAAUGAACUUUAGCAAUGCUCCAACCAGCGUCAGAAGCCCCUCCGGAGCAUCUUCGUCAUCUCCCACCCGGAUAACGAGAACGGCAGCGAGCAGCAGCAGCAGCAGCAGCAGCGGCAGCAGCGGCAGCUCCCAUGGAAAGCCUCGAUCGCUGAUGGCGCACGCCGCCUUCAGCCUCAAUGCGCUGAGCUUUUUCCUCGCAUUCCUCAUCGUCGACACCUUGACCUUUCCCGAUAGACCCAAGAGCGCCAAGGCCUCCUCCCUAGCGUCAUCGGCGCCAUCUCGAAGAAGUUCCUUCUCCUUUCUGAGCAGGAGGCCCAAAUUCUUUCAGCCUAGACGAUCGGCUUCCGAGGAGGGCAGAUAUCUUGCCGUUCCCACAAAGUCCAUGUCCACAGGCCGAGAAAACUCCUCUUCACGUCGUCGAUCCAGCUCGGCAUCAUCCACAUUUCGCUCGUCUUCCAUUCUGGCGAGCGCUGCGCCGAGCCUAUCAUCGUGGGCCUCUUCGCUCGGCAUCGCGCAGGCGUACGAGACACGCACCUCGUCGGAAGCGGAGAUCAAAGAGUUGGCCAAGUUCAGAGAAGAGCAGGAGCGCAACAACAAGGGCACGCUGAAACAUUACCAGAAGAAAAUCUUCGAGAUGCAGGUCGCAAAGGCUCUCUCCUUGCAGCCUCUCAUCAAAUUCAUCCUGGUGCUCCUGCUUGUAGGCUUGAUAGCAACCAUGCUGCUUUUCGCCUUUACUGGGGCCGACUUGCGUUCAUGGAUAGCAGAGACUCUGAUCGCCGAUCCAGCGCGCAUCACCGUCUCCAACCUGCGUUCAUGCUUUUCUCAACUCGCUUCCAAAGCGGGCUUUCUGCAACAGCACCAUGAGCGCACGAAUCCCACAACGGCCACUUCAUCCUCGGCGCACACGCUGGGCUCUUUUCAUCUCCAUCCCUUCUCUUCGUGGAACGUCGGAAGGUUGACAGCACGGCUCUUGCCUCGAGCUUCUCCACCCAAACCUUCCGGACUCGCGGCACCCGUGGCAGCUGCAGUCGACGCAGUCAGGCCUGGUACCAAAGCCGUUCUCAAAGCUUGGUCCGUGGUCAAGGAUUCCCUCUCGAUAUGAGAAAGAGUGUGGAUCGAACCUAUCAGGACAGCCCGGCUUGUCCUGCUUUUGCUCUUGCCCAUCUGCUAUCCCUGCAAUGUACUUUUAACGGAUCUCGCAACGAUCAGCAAUGACAGUCACGACUCAUCUUGUGCAUGGAUGCAAACCA